AUGGAACAGUUGCAAAAUUUCGGUCCAAAUGAUGUGCAAAAUGGAACACUUGCAAAAAUGUUUCGUAAUGCUGGAAUUGAUGAUGUUCGAUCUUAUAUUGAUGAAAUUCAUGAAGAAAAUGUUAAUCUCAACGAUCAAUCAAUACCUAUGUCAAAUAACAAUGAUUUAAAUACUUCUGAAACAUCGAAUAUUCAAUCAAAUAAAUUAGGUGGAUUUUUAAAUAAUGCACAACAAAUAUUUGAUAAACAUAGUAAUGGAAAAAAUAAUAUAAGUAACGUCAAACAAAUAUAUAAAAUGUAUAAAUCAAUGGAUAAAAAUGGUGAUGGUAAAAUAACAGUUGAAGAUGUUGAAAUUAUUCUAAAAGAAAUGGGUCUUGGUUUUGUUAGUAAACAUUUAGCACGUGCUAUAUUUGAUAUUGUUGAUGCAAAUCAUAAUGGUCAAUUAGAUUUUCAUGAUUUAAUAGCAUUAACAAGUCUUCUUAAACGUUUAUCAUCUUCUUCGACAUCUUCAGUCAGAUAG